CCGGAAACAUUUGCUCGCGGUCUGUUAUUGUUGUGAAUGAAGUGAGCAUGGAUUCCCGUGUGGUAAAUUGUAUUUCAAGAACAGGUUGAUUUAACAGUACCCAUGAUGAACUUUGAUGGUCUUGACCCUGGGAUGGGUGAAUACUCACCCGCCCUCCAUGGGACCCUGGAUGGAGGGAUGGAGCCCUCAAUGGACCCCCACCUUAACCCCACUUUAAUGCAGGGUGUGGAGCUCGACCCUGAGGGGCUGGGUGUUACGGUGCCUGAGCCUGUGCAUCUUAUGGAGGGCAUGUUUUCUGAGCUACACAGCGCAGUUUCAGAAGUUGGCAUCCCAGUCACUGCAACACAUUUUGAUCUCCAGGAGGAGAUGCUCUGGAUGGGAAACCACAGAGGUCAUGUAACUUCCUUCUUUGGACCAACAAUGGGUCGGUAUUCAUCUUUCCAAGUCCAUGCAACGGAUGAUAUCCGACACAUUCAGAGUUUGGAAACAGGUGUACUGUUUCUCUCAAAGAGUAACCUCAAAUGCUACACCCGAGGUGGCUUAGUCAUGUUUGAUUAUCCGAUGGAGGAGGGUGCCGACAUGCACAGUCUCCUCAUGACAGACAACAAUACCAUGCUAAUGGGUGGAUUACAAAACUAUGUGGUUGAAGUUGAUUUAAGUACUGUUCAAGAAACCCAAAAGUUCACUGUUGAAGUACCGGGAGUGGCAAUAAUGCGUCAAACCAGUCGAUUCUUCUUCUGUGGACACACCUCUGGCAAGGUGACUCUUCGGGAUUUGCGUACCUUUAAGAUGGAACAUGAAUUUGAUGCAUUCUCUGGCAGUCUCUCCGACUUUGACGUACAUGGAAACCUAUUGGCUGCAUGUGGCUUCUCCAGCCGUGGACUGAAUGGCAUGGCAUGUGACCGUUUCCUUAUGGUUUAUGACCUUCGCAUGAUGCGAGCCGUAACUCCUCUUCAGGUGCAUGUGGAUCCACUCUUCUUGCGGUUUAUUCCCACAUACACUUCACGCCUUGCUAUCAUCUCACAGACAGGUCAGUGUCAGUUCUGUGAGCCCACUGGUCUUGCCAACGUUGCAGACAUAUUUCACGUCAACACCGUUGGGCAGUUGCUCAUGAGUUUUGAUGUAUCAUCCAGUAAACAAGCUUUAGCCUUUGGGGAUUCUGGGGGGUGUGUGCACCUCUGGUCUGAUGCUCCAGAAGUUUCAUUUAACGACUACUCUCGGGAGACAGAGUUUCCCCUGCCUUGUCUUGUGGACACACUGCCUCAGCUGGAUUGGAACCAUGACCUUCUACCCCUGUCGCUCAUCCCCAUGCCGCUGACCAGCACUGAGCAACUGCUGUCAGAUUGGCCCACUGCACUGGCUACACCGAGCCCCAGACGAGCUCCUCCCGUCGACCCAGAAAUCUUGCGCACAAUGAAGACAGUUGGGUUUAUUGGAUAUGCAGCAAACCCUCGAACCCGCCCUCGAAACCAGGUUCCCUAUAAAAUCAAAGAUGUGGAGCUGGAUUACGAUAAUUACAACCAGGUCCCUGAAUCACCAAUUGGACGUGAUGAAGAGCCUCACCUCUACAUGGUGCCCAAAAAGUACAGAAAGGUCACAAUUAAGUACUCUAAGCUUGGACUUGAGGACUUUGACUUCAAACAUUACAACAGGACAUUGUUUGCUGGCCUGGAGCCUCACAUCCCCAAUGCUUACUGUAACUGUAUGAUCCAGGUGUUAUAUUUUGUGGAGCCAAUCCGUUGCCUUGUGCAGAAUCAUUUGUGCCAGAAGGAGUUUUGUUUGGCGUGUGAGCUCGGCUUCCUUUUCCACAUGCUGGAUUUGUCACGAGGAGAUCCAUGUCAGGCUAGUAACUUCCUCCGUGCAUUUCGCACCAUCCCUGAAGCUUCUGCACUGGGCCUGAUCCUCGCAGACUCUGACGAACAAACGGGGAAAGCCAGACUUGGCCGCUUAAUCCAAAGCUGGAACCGUUUCAUUCUCACGCAGCUCCACCAGGAGACGCAGGAGCAGGAAGGACCACAGGCCUACAGGGGAGCCAGCAGCAGUUCUCUGGGUUCCUCUGGCGAGUCUGUCAUCGGCAAACUGUUUGGAUGUGAGGUUGAGAACAGUAGUCUGUGUCGCUGUGGGAAGGAGACAGUCCGGUCGUCACUCACACUGCUCUUCACCAUGCACUACCCUGAACAGAACUCUCAAGAAAAGACAAUAAAAGAGUAUGACUUUGCUGAGAUUCUGAAGAAGAGCAUCUGUCUGGAGCAGAGUACUCAGGCCUGGUGUGAAAACUGCGAGAAAUAUCAGCCCACGGUUCAGACACGUAACAUAAGGUGUCUACCAGAUGUUCUUGUCAUCAACUGUGAAGUAAACAGUGCUAAAGAGGCUGAAUUCUGGAGGGUCCAAGCGGAGUAUGCUUUCAACAAGGCCAUGCAAAAAGAGGCAAUGGAGCCUGCAAAGCCCAAAGAACCCCCUCCUCCAAUGCCCACUGAGUGGUGCUUAGAUGGGGAGGAGAUUUGCAGCAUGGAAGGUUUUACCGUUGACACACGGGCAGAAGAUCUGCGGCACGUCUGGAUCCCUCUCACUCUGAAGAUGUCCAUCAGUAAAACUCAGGGACUGGAAAUCAGCACUUGGCCUGAGGGAGAGGAGUUAAGUUCUGCUGAAGAGGCUGAAGGUGCUUCUCUGUAUGACCUGGUGGUCACUGUUCCCCACAUCCUGGAUGUUCGCACUGGUGGAAACCUGGUUGCACAUAUCAAAGUGGGAGAAACCUAUCAUCAAAGAAAAGAGGGAGUCACACACCAGCAGUGGUACCUUUUCAAUGAUUUCUUAAUUGAGCCAAUUGAUAAGACUGAAGCUGCACAGUUUGACGUGAGUUGGAAAGUACCUGCCAUUCUGUACUAUGCCAAGAGGAAUUACCACAACAAAUACGACCUUCGCAUAAAAAACCCCAUCGAUGCUAGCGUUCUGCUGACAGAGGCUUCAUUGGCUCGGAAGCAGAGGAAGAGUCACGCUACAUUCAUUCCACUCAUGGUCAGCGAGAUGCCGCAGGCUGGUGACCUGGUGGGGCUGGAUGCAGAAUUUGUCACCCUCAACCAGGAAGAGGCAGAACUGCGCAGUGACGGCACUAAGUCUACCAUCAAACCCAGUCAGAUGUCUGUGGCCAGGAUCACCUGUGUGAGGGGUCAGGGUCCCAACGAGGGGGUGCCCUUCAUCGAUGAUUACAUCUCUACUCAGGAGCAGGUCGUUGACUAUUUGACACAAUAUUCUGGCAUCAAACCAGGAGAUUUGGAUGCCAAGAUUUCCUCCAAGCACCUGACCACCCUGAAGUCCACCUACCUAAAGCUACGAUUCCUAAUUGACACUGGAGUCCGCUUCGUUGGCCAUGGUUUACAGAAGGACUUCCGGGUUAUAAAUUUAUUGGUUCUGAAGGACCAGGUCAUUGACACAGUCUACCUGUUCCAUUUGCCCCGCAAGAGGAUGAUUUCUUUGAGAUUUCUUGCCUGGUACUUCCUCGACCUCAACAUCCAGGGGGAAACCCAUGACAGUAUUGAGGAUGCACGCACCGCUCUGCAGCUCUACAGGAAGUACCUGGAGCUGAGUCGAGGAGGAGGGACCGAUGAAGUGAGGAAGGUCCUGAAGGGGCUGUACGAAAAAGGCCGCCAGUUGGAUUGGAAAGUCCCAGAGUCGGACACAGGAGAUGGUCAAGGUAGCCCGAAAAGUGCUGCUGUGUUUCCCUCUGUGAUGGGGCUUUGAGCUGCACUCCAACACAAUCCCACUUCAGAUGUUCAGACUUAUUUCUGUUCGUGGAGUCAGUUUAUUUCCUUUUGUACAUUUUUUUUUUAAUCAUGUGAAGUGUUCAUGAACAUCUCAGUUGCCUGUACAGUCACUUCAACUGGAAGUUUUUUAAUUCAGAAAACGAAACGGAACCAUUUCAAUGAUUUACUUCUCACGUUGAUCUUUGGAGAGAGGAAAUGUAUUUUAUAACAACCUUUUUUAAAUACGUGUCUUUUGACAUAUGUAAAUAAACUCAUCAUGAGCACAGAUAAGAGACACUGUGUUUGUUUGGGAAAUAUAUUUUACAUGAAUCUGUGAACUUUUGGUAUGAAAUGGUUUUGUCUUGCAUUGAAAUCUAUAAAAU